CACACACACACGUGAACAGCUACUUCAAUAAAAGCCAAACACACACAGCAUUUUCAUUUCAACACUUCACACACACAAAGCCGCAAUAUUCACUGUUUAAUCAAUCAAAAUAUUUUCUGGAUGAAGACGUGGAUUUUUCUUCAGUUAGCAGCUCUGUCUGCGGUGUGUGCAGCUCAACAGGACUGCUGGCGCGGGGCGUGCUACCCUGCGACGGGCGACCUGUUACCCGGCAGAGAGCAGCAGCUGCAGGCAUCUUCUACAUGCGGUCUGGUGGGGAGUGAGGUGGUCUGUACACCUCACGGACAGUGGAAAAUGAAAUGUUGUCCAUGUGACUCACGUAACCCUGUGGCGUCCAACGCUCACCCCAUCCAGAACGUCCUCUCAAGCGCUGGACAGAACAGAUGGUGGCAGUCCAAGAAAGAGGAGAAUCCGGUGACUCUACAACUGGAUAUGAAUGGCAUCUAUCACCUGGAUACUCUAGUGCUUAAUUUUAAGGGUCCGAGACCUGACGCUUUGAUCAUCGAGAGGUCGAAGGAUUUCGGUCGCACCUGGCAACCUGUCCUGUACAUGGCGACAGACUGUCCGUCGACCUUCCCACAAGUGGGCACCUCGUUUCCUCAUACGUUUGAGGACACGUACUGCUACACUCUGCCACCGACCGUUGGCGACACCUACAGGGACCAGAAGGUCCAUUUUUAUCCUCUACGACAGUUUUCCAACAUCGAUCUGCCAAACGAAUAUAAGAUUGAAGUGGCGUCUGGUUUUACUGGUCUGCGAAUAAAUCUGACCAAGUUGGGUCAAGUGCCCAGUAUGCCGGGUCGCAGACUGAAUCAGUUCUACGCCCUGAGAGAGAUGAUGGUCAUCGGGUCAUGUUUCUGCCACGGACACGCAAACCGCUGUCUUCCUGACACGACAACUAACAACUUGCCCAAAACACUGAUAGGUGGUGAGUGUGAAUGUCAACACAACACCGCUGGAGUGAACUGUGAGCGAUGUGGCGAACUCUUCAACGACCUGCCGUGGAGACCAGCGGAAAACGGCAACACACAUACCUGCAAACGUUGUGAGUGUAAUAAUCACGCGGAUCGCUGUCACUUUGACACUGUUCGAUAUGAAGCGACGGGUCGCAGGAGUGGAGGAGUGUGUGACGGGUGUGUGCAUCACACUACAGGACCAAACUGUGACCGCUGCGCACCCAAUUACUACCCAAACCCACUGAGCAACAUGCAGAGUCCAGACGCCUGCUUACGGUGUCAGUGUAACUCGGUGGGCUCUUUGAACUCUGGUCAGUGUGAUUCAGUAACAGGAGUUUGUGCGUGUAAAGCUUACGUUGAGGGCGCGCGCUGUGACCAAUGCAAAGCUGGAUACUACAACCUCAACGCAAACAACCCAUUCGGCUGCUCCAAGUGUGUGUGUAGUUCAGUGGGGACAGUGAGCAGUGUGUGUGAUCAGCUGACGGGUCAGUGUGUAUGCCGCUCUCAUAUGGAGGGUUUGUCAUGUGAUCGCUGCGUUCCGGGUUACUGGAAUCCCACAUCACCCAACGGCUGCCAACCAUGUGACUGUGACCCCAACAACGCCCACAGUGCCACCUGUGACCAGGGCACUGGUCAAUGUCGCUGUCGUCCUGGAUUUGGGGGCCGGACUUGCGGCGGUUGCCCUGACAACAUGUACGGAAGUCCUCUUAUUGGCUGCAGAUCAUGUGACUGUGAUCCUUUGGGCUCAGAAUUGGGCGGUUGUGAUAAGCGUACAGGUGUGUGCCGCUGUAAACCAGGUGUUAGUGGUCCUCGCUGUGACACCUGCAGUCGCGGCCAAUGCGCCAGCUUUCCACAAUGCCCAUUGUGCCCGUCGUGUUUCUUCACUAUGACCACCCAUCUAGAGGAUCUGACCCGCAGUCUGGAAUGCCUCAGUAACCACGUGCUCGUCCCAAGCCCCGGAACCACGUCCAGUGAACUGAGUCGCAGGAUCAGAACUCUACAGAACCAGCUCAGAGUGAUUCAAGAGUCCAUGAUGCUCCCGCCACAGUCCAGCAGAAUGCUGAACGAAGCCCUUGAUGAACUCGACAGACUCAGGUCUCAGAUUAAGAGUUUGACUCGAGAUAUCUCACCCGUACCGUCCGAUCCGGGACUAGAACGGACUUUAAAUGGGUUGCAGGAGUUACUGUCAUCAAUACGACUGGAGUACUUCACCAAGAGAGACGCAUUCACAAAUACAGCCGGAUUGAACACCACCAGUUACUUUUACGACAUUCAGAAAUCGUAUGACGAGUCGACAGAUGCGGUCAAAAGAGCCGAUGCCACGAAAGAAACUAUCAAGAACUCUGCGGACAUCAGAGAAAACGCAAAGAACGAUCUAAAUAACGUACAGCCCGCCAACACUAAAGAUCUGCAGAAACUAACGGAGGAUUUGGCAACCAAACCCAAUCUCACCCCUGUCGCUGUGAAGGUGUGCGGCAGUACUCGUGUGGAGCCCUGCACUCCUGAACUCUGUAAAGGUGACUUGUGUCCUCCUGACGGAGCGCCCCCGUGUGGUGUGGAGAAGCCUUGCAUCGGGGCAUUGCCAAACGGCAACAAGGCGUUUCAGGACGCAGACGAGGUGAAAGCCAAACUACAAGACCUCAACAACAAGAUUACACAAGCUGCAGCACAGAUACAGGAAGCUGAAGAUUCGACCAAAAAUGUGCGACUGUCUACGGAUGAUCUGGCUAAUCAGAUCAAGCAGGUACGAGCUGAUGUGGACGAAGACCUGAAAGACACCAAAGACUUCAUAAAAACACUGAAGGACUUCCUGGCGGCCCCUCAUUCGGACCCUGAUCAGGUUCAGCGGGUCUGUGAAGGCGUUCUUCAGGCGGAGUUGCCCAUGAGUCUGGAGAAUCUGAAGAGGAAACUGAAGGAGCUGCAGAAUCUGGCCUCGUCUCUGCCCGACAGCAGCCGCGUCCUGGAGAACACCAGACCAGAGCUGGAGAAAGCACGGCAGUUACUGGAGGAAGCACAGAGCGCACGAGACGCUGCCUUUGGCAUACAGCAGGACGUGGAGAGUGUUUUGAAUUCAAUGGACGACAACGAGGCCCUUUUUGCCGACCUGGAGGACAAGAUCCAGCAGAGUGUGGAAAUCGCGAGGACCGUCAAGCGGGAUGUUGAAAAGAUUGAGGACGUUUUGGCUCCUGCAGAGAAACAGAUUGUGGGUGUCACAGGGUUGAUGGAUAAGAUUCCCCUGCUGAUGGAAGAGUUAAAUAAAGAUCUGAUGACAGGAACAGCACUCGCCAAUGAUGCUCAAGAUCAGGCCGAUUCAGCUCAGGACGAGGCCGACCGGACUGCAAAGGACCUGGAAGUGUUAAAAGAAGAGAUUGAGAAGCUGAAACAGGCGGCGGCGGCGAACAAUCAGGCGGGUGAAGUGGGCGUGCGUUUACAGAAGCUACAGGAAGAGGCGGGGUCUCUGAUGAAUGACACCACAGAUAUUAAGAAGGCACUGCAAGAUAAGGAGGCAUCCAUACGUCAGGCGUCAGUACAGAUACUGGAGAACGCCGCUCGACUGUCAGGCCUCGACGCUCAGGUGGAGGAACUUCGAGAUGAUAUUCGAUAUAAAGCAACAAGACUGAACAUCUGCCAGGGCUGAUGUCACAAACACACUCUUAUUUGGAUAAACACCUGCACUCAUUUACAAGCUGCAUACGCAUACAUUUAAAGGGAUAGUACACCCAAAAUAAAUAUGGGGGGGUUAAUGUAUAGAAUUGAUUCUGUAUUUGAUGUUGUGCCUGUUUGUCUUAUGGAUGGAAUCAAUAAAAAUGGUUAAAAAAAAAUAAAAUAA